GGAUUCAGAGGGCAGGAACAGGUACGUCCAGUCUGAAUGUGACACACCUGUUUUAGUGGGCGGAGCCACAGCAGGUGACAGACAGCCAUAACAGAAGACAGACGGGAGCUUGACAGCACAGAGCCCCACACAGACGCAGACGCAGCACGCGGGACGUUUAAGAGGAAGGAAUACAGUCCUGUCAAGUCCAGGCAGUUGCAGGCCAGUGAGAUGUUGGCUUUGAGCACACGCUUACAGCAGAACGCUGAUCAGGUGGAGAAGAACGUCCUGCUGGCAGAUAAACUACUGCUGGAGGACCUGGAGAACAAGCGCGCGGGCUCUCCUCUCAAACAGCAGGGUCCUGCCGCCGAGAAUCUGUCCCAGGCCGAGAUCUUACUGAAGGAUCUCUUCAUGGAUGUGAGCAAAGCCAAAAAGCUGCAGCACCCGCAGGCCAGCGAGAUCGAGCUGGAUGUGAGUAACCUGCACGAGCGCUGGUCCAAAUACUGCGGCACCUACAGAGAUCUCUACGGCCAGCUGCACGAGCUUUAUCUGCCGCCCGGCCUCGACUGGAGCAGACUGCUGGCUGAUAAACAGAAGCUGAUUCAGGAAGAUGUUUACGGUCCGACUCUGUCUGAUGUGGAGAAACAGAUUGCAGUCCACAGCAUCCUGCAUAAACAGAUGGAGGCGUAUCGCUCGGCCCUGGAGAGCAGCAGCGAUAACUCUUCUGCUCUUCAGCAACAGUAUGCAGAUCUACUGGAGGCGAGUGAGCAGCGCAGGCAGCAUCUGGCAUCUCUCUAUGAGUACAUGCACAGCUGCAGUAAAGAGCUGCUGUAUCUGACCGAACAACAGCACAAGAUCCUCAGCAGAGACUGGAGCGACCGCAUGAUCGACAGCGCAGGGGUGCGCAUGGACUACGAGAGGUUUAAGAACAACGGUCUACUGUCACUCGAGAGGGAAGUGAGCAAACUACAGGAGGACGCCAGCGUGCUCACUGAGGACAAACACCCCGGAUCAUCCGCUGUUAAGUCGUUCAGCGCAGACGUGUCGAGAGAGUGGCAGCGAUUCCUGAAUCUGUGUCAGUGUCAGGACACACACCUGGACAACGUUGAGGCAUACAAGAAAUAUCAGCUGGAUUUGGAGACGUUCACUGAGUCGCUGAAGAGAAUCAAAUCCACCUCCGAACUGUCAGUGCUGAACAACAUGAGCAACCCUGAGAUCCUGCUGACGCUGGAGAGCGAGGAGACAGCAGUUGUGCAGACUUCUCACAGAAGAAGCCAAAGCAAGGAGAGACCUCUUCAUGAUUCACCCGAGGGUAGCGGUUGUUCACUUCAUGAGGCCUUCAUGAAGCGGCGGAGCCCGCUGAAGAUCCCUCCAAAGGUGGCGGUGUUUGCUUCUGGCACAAAGUUUGCUUCUGGCACACAGAGGGGCUCACUUCAGGCCUUCGCGAAGCGGGCUGAGCCCAUGGAUGAUCCCUUUGAGGCGAUGGGGGCUCGUUUCAGGCCUUCAUGA